GUCCCACCUGACAAGCAGCCCAAGUGUCCAUCGGAUAAAGCGAUACAGUGUCGGCAGAGGCAUUUAGGCAGUUAGCAAUGCAAAUCAUUGCUGCGCACCCGCCAGUUUCUAGAUUCCUGAUGUAGCAACUUGGAUUAGCAUACGACGUUAUAGCGGUUCUGCCCUUGUCUAGGCCACGUUGCCUGAACCGAGCUAUGCAGCACCAUAAUCCGGACCGAAAGAGGGCGAAUCGAUCCAUGUAACCCGCUGUUCACGUCCCUUGGAUACCAUCUUAGACAAACUAACAGAGCGGAGGAAGCAAAACACGUUUGCCGUCCGUCUUCAAGAUGGCUUGGGGCUGGCUGUCCCUGACCCGCGUGCUCCUGCUGGUGCUGUUGGCACCUCUCACAGCGGCGGAUGCGGACGCCAAAAGUAAGGUGAAGGCAGACCCUCCUCCGGCGGGAUCGGGGGAUGGUCUGGCCUACGAAUCCAUCCAGAAGGUGGACAUCUACACCGACAACGCGACAGCACCUGCGGCGCAAAGCCCGCCGGUGGAAGGGUGGUGGGAAUCCAAGAUCUGUCAGGGCGAAUACUGCGUCUACACCAAUCGGCGGCUGUUCAACGGUCGGGGCCUUGUGGCAGUGACCAAGUUCGAGGAAUUCCAGAAGAUGGAGCGCGUCGACGACUACCUCAACCGCGGCGAGAACAAGUACUUCGAAGACCCCGUCCCCUUCGUCGAGACCGAGGUCCUCAACAAGGGCCUCGGCAUCACCGCCAACAAGACCAUCCGCCGCGGCAAGGUGCUCAUGUCCUGGUCGCCGGUGCUAGUCGUGCACAAGGCCUUCUUCAACCAAGUCCCCAAAACGGCAGAUCGCGCCCGCCUCCUCGAAACGGCCAUCUCCUUCCUCCAUCCGGCCACACGCGCCAAAUUCGACAAGCAGCGCGUAGUCCCACCGGGCAGUUCCAGUCCCAACGCGCGCUCGAUCGAGGACAUCCUCCUCGCGUACCCGUACGAGGUCGACAUGGGCUUCAACAACUACCACCAGAUGGACGAGAACAACCACUCCAAGCACUACGUCAACUACCCGGAAGCGGCCGUCCUGCAGCACGACUGCCGGCCCAACGUGGCCACCCACAUCGACCAAUCCUUCUCCCUGCGUGCGACGGUCGCCCGCCGCGUCCAGCCCGGCGAGGAACUCACCGUGUCCUACAUCGACCCGUUCCUCCCGCGCUCGGAGCGCGUCGCGUGGGUAAAGCGGCAUCGCAGCGGUGGUGGCGAGGUUGGGUGCCCCUGUAGCGCGUGCAGCCCGCCGGGCGGGCCCAAGGGGGAGGCGGCGAAGAAGGCUGACGCGCGGCUGAAGGAGAUCACGGCGAUGCGGGCCGAGCUGCGCAACCACGACAGCACCAAGGUCGACAUCAAGAUGAUCGACCGGUUCGUCAGGCUGUACGAGGAGGAGCGGCUGCAUGCCAGGUUGGCCGAGGCGUACGAGCUGGCGGCGCUCAACGCGAAUUACCUGGGGGACGACAAGCGGGCAAAGAAGUAUGCCGAUCUGGCGGUGCAGGCGGGCAUUGUGGAGGGCGGCACGCAGAGCAACGACGUGGUUGCUAUGAGGAUUAUGGCGUCGGAUAUCAAGGGGCAUUAUUCGUAUCGCUAUACUCUUAAGAGAAGGGGGCAGUAAGUGGGAGGGUGACAGGACGCAACGGGAUAUGGAGUCAGUGCCCGGAUGGGGGUCGAUGUGGUGGUGAGGAAGAUGGCUAAGAAUCAUACAACACAAGACAUAGGGG